AGUGACGGGUUGCGGUGGGGCACAAUGGCCCAGGCCGCGGAGGAGGCGCUGAGUGAGGGGGGCACUGGGGGCGGCCCGGCGACGAGGCCCCGCAGUGGCCGCGCGUGCGGAGCUGGGCGCCCGGGCUCCCGUCUUCUGCCUCUCUGGCCGAGCCGCCAGGGCCCGGUCCGGCCUGGCCCGUCCCUUGGGUUCGCACUCGCAGCCCCCACCCCGCAGCUUUGAGAUCCUCCCGGCCGCUCGCCAGCCACCGGCCCCCUGGCUCCUGGCCCGGGACUGGCAGGAUGGCUCUUCCUAGCCCGGCGCCUCCAGAACUGUCUCCGUGCCCAGAGACGGAGCGGGACGCGGCCGGGCACUGUGCUCUACCAGUCCAUGCACAAGGCGACCUCUGCGAGGACCGAGUGCAGGACAGUGCAGGGGACAGGGGCUUGCUGGAUAAUGAAAAGAAAACUAAGAAGAAGGAACGGAAGCUAAAGCAGGAAAUUUCUGAAGAAAUAGAAUCAGGACACCCAAUACAAGUACACCAAGGAUCUAAAUUCUUAGGACCCAGUGAAUUUAAGAACAGCCUGGAGAGACAACAGGUAAACUCAUCAGAGGCCGGACUGCUACCAUCCUCUUUUGAGGAUAGGGGGUUCAGUCAAGUGAGCAUUACCCUUAAGAAAACCCUUAUAGGAGAGGGAAAACUUGAGGGUGAUAAGAACGUGAGAAUUUGUGAUCUGUGCCCAUUUGUUACAUAUCAGAGAGUUUCUGCAGAGGAGAGAACCUAUAGGUGCAAGGCAUGUGGCCAGAGCUUCAAACAGAAGUCAGAACUUACUCAGCAUUGUAAAAUCCAUACCAUAAAGAGAAUCCAUAAGUGCAAUGAGUGUGGGAAGGUUUUCAGUAGGAGCUCAAACCUGGUUAUACAACGAAGAAUUCACACAGGAAGGAAACCUUAUGUUUGUGGUGACUGUGGCAAAGACUUUAGUCAGAGCUCCAAUCUCGUUCGACAUCAGCAAAUUCAUAGUGAGGAGAAUCCCUACAAAUGUAAUCAGUGUGGAAAAGCUUUCAGGGGAAGCUCAAACCUUAUCCUGCACCAGAAUUCUCAUAGUGGAGGGAAGCCAUAUAUAUGUAAUGAAUGUGGAAAGGCCUUCAAUCAAAGCUCAGAUCUUCUUAUACAUCACAAAAUUCACAGUGGAGAGAAACUCUAUGACUGUAAUGACUGUGGGAAAGCAUUCAGUCAGAGCUCACAUCUUGUUACCCACAAGAGAAUUCAUGCUGAGGAGAAACCGUAUGAAUGCAGCAAAUGCAGAAAAGCCUUCAGGCAGAGUUCCCUUCUUACUCAGCAUCAAAGAAUCCAUAGUGGAGAAAAACCCUACGAAUGCCCGGAAUGUGGGAAGGACUUCAGUGGGCACACAGUUUUUCUUAAACAUCAGAGACUUCCUAUUGGAGAAAAACUUGAAUAUGAGAAAGCUUUUAGUUCAGAUUCAGAACUUAAUGGACAGCAGAGAAUUCACAAGGAAGAGAAGCCUUAUGAAUGUAAUGAAUGUGGAAAAACCUUCUGAGGCAGCUCGGAUCUUAUUAGACAUCAAACAAUUCACACUGGAGAAAAACCUUAUGAGUGCAGUGAAUGUGGAAAGGCCUUCAGUAGGAACUCAGUCCUUAUAGAACAUCAGAGAAUCCAUACAAGUGAGAGGCCUUAUAAAUGCAGUGAAUGCCUUUUGGGGGAGCUCAGAACUCAUUCAGCAUCAAAGAAUUCACAAUGGAAAGAAACCCUAUGAAUGCAAUCAGUGUUCCAAGACUUUUAACCAGAGCUCAGACCUUAUUCAACAUCAUAGAAUUCAUAGUGGAGAAAAGCCCUACGAAGGUAAUGAAUGUGGAAAAGCCUUCAGAUGAGGCUCAGACCUUGUUAGGCAUCAGAAAAUUCAUACUGGAGAGAAAGUUUACGAACAUAAUGAAUGUGGAAAAACUUUCCAUCAGAGCUCAGGUCUUACUCAGCAUCAGAGAAACCACACAGGAUCAUAACCCUAGGAAGACAGUAAUGAUAUAGAUGAUAGGUAGGUAGGUAGGUAGAUAGAUAGAUAGAUAGAUAGAUAGAUAGGUGGAUGGAUGGAUAUAGAUAUCUACAUCUAUAUAUAUAGAUAUUUGUCUGUUUUUAAUUACUGUUGUGUCUACCUAGCCAUCAUAACUACUUGGAAAAUUCUAAGCUUCCUAAGAGCAGUUUCCAUUGGAUUCACUUUAGAGUACUUAGCCUCAGGCCAUGUGCAGGUAUGUCCUUCCUAAAGGCUUCCCACAGAAACCUUGAUGGGGUAAGCCUGUAAUUACAUUUUCACCCCUUUAUCAUCAGAGAUCCCACACCACGAGAAAUCUUGCAAAUGGAGGAACUUGCGUAUAAAACACCUACAGCAUCACAGAAUGGCGUCUUGUGUGUCCUAUUCAGCAGCACCAGGACUCUGAGAGCUUUCCCCCUGUCUUUUUAUCCAUAAUAUGAACCAUCCCAGGGGAAUAUAAGGGAUGCUAUCCUGAACUCCAGGGUGGAAGGUUCUUCCUGGGACAGAGUCUAAUCCCAAAGUCUGCAAAUGAUCCUGAGGUUUUCUCAUUAGAAUAAAUGUCAAUAUGUAGGUUAGGGAGUUUGAGCUUGUUUCUCUAUUCCUAGUAAAAUUAGAUACAGAAGCAGCUAAUUUAAUUAGGAAAAGGAAGUGGAUAGGAAGUUAGAGGACAGUUGCCUUUUUCAUGUAAGCGUGGAAGUUGUGACUAAAUCUCUUCUGUAGCAUUUAAAAGUUUAAUGGCGGGGCCGGCCCCAUGGCUUAGCGGUUAAGUGCGCGUGCUCCGC